AUGUACAGCCCAGUAAUGCCACAUGUGAAUCAGGAAUACUUGAAGAAGUUCUCUCUCAAUAUCGGCAAGUCCCAAGUCGUCAUUUUCCCACCUCAUCGGUUUACAACAUACUAUAUCUGGGUAGUGCUGCACGAGAUUCUCGGGCACGGGACAGGAAAGCUGCUGCAUGAAGAUUCUCCGGGAAAGUUCAACUUCAACAAAGAUCAUCCGCCUCUGAAUCCUCUGACUAGAAGGCCAACUGUCCAUUGGUAUCAACCACAGGAGACGUGGACAGGGGUUUUUGCUGAUUUGGCGACGACGGUGGAUGAGUGUCGCGCUGAGCUUGUUGGGGCUUAUUUGAUUGAUGUCCCGGAGAUCCUGGCCCUUUUUGACUGUACAGCAGACGCUGGAAUUGAUCCUGAUGAUGUUGUCUAUAAUCUCUAUCAACAACUUGGAAUUGAUGGACUUCGUGCACUGGACAAUUAUAGCCCAUCAACUAAAAAAUGGGGACAAGCGCACAGCCGAGCGCAUUUUGGCAUGCUUCAACAUCUGCUUCGCGAUAGUCACGGCCUCUACCGAAUCAUUCUCGACAAGGAGAACAAAACCCUUACCGUCAAGGUUAAUCGCCCCCUUCUGCAUGAGGGCAAAGCUUCCCUUGGUCGAAUGCUACUACGUUUGCACAUAUACCGCUGCACUGCGGAUGCUCAUAACUGCCGCAGCUUCUAUGAGGGACUGACGACGGUGGAAAUGGAAGCUUUGGAGUGGAGAGAAGUAGUACUGGCAAAGAAGGACCCACCACCAGCAUUUAGCCAUGCCAAUACCUUCUUGGAGGGAAACAAUGUGGUGUUGAGAGAAUACGAACCCACAGCUCGGGGGAUCAUCCAAAGCUGGGCCGAAUGA